GCCCCAAGUCACCCAGUUGCCGAGCGGCGGAGGCGGGAUUCGACCCCGGAGCCUCUGCCUCCCCAGCCCGGGCUUUGUGGGCGGGGCCAUCCGGAAAGGCGGGGGCCAUCCGGAAAGGCCGGCAUGGCGCUGGGGCGGCCGGGCCCGGGCUCGGUCCCGCUGCUGCUGCGGCGGCGGCGGCUCUUCCUCCUCCUCCCCUGGCUGAAGCGGAGCCCGGAGCCCCGAGCCGCGCUGGCUGCCGCCUAUGGCACCUCAAUUACCUCUUCUAAAGUGGAAGUGAAUGGUGUUCACCUACAUUAUCGUCCAACUGGAGAGGGCGAACAUGCAGUUCUGCUGCUUCCUGGAAUGUUAGGGAGCGGGGAGAGUGAUUUUGGACCACAGCUUAAGAACCUGAACAAGCAACGCUUCACAGUAGUGGCCUGGGAUCCUCGAGGUUAUGGACAUUCUAUCCCUCCCCAGCGGGGUUAUCCAGCAAAUUUCUUCUAGAGGGAUGCAAAGGAUGCUGUUGAUCUGAUGAAGAUGCUGAAUUUUAAGAAGGUCUCUCUGUUGGGGUGGAGUGAUGGCGGGAUAACAGCACUCAUUGCAGCCGCCAGGUAUCUUAUAUUCACUUAUAUUCACAAGAUGGUCAUUUGGGAGGCAAAUGCCUAUGUUACUGACGAGGAUGAAAGGAUUUAUCAUGGUAUCAGAGAUGUCUCAAACUGGAGUGAGAGAAUAAGGAAACCUCUGGAAGCCCUUUACGGACGUAAGUACUUGGCCCAAACCUGUGAAGGAUGGGUGGAUGGAAUACUGCAGUUCAGAGACCAACCAGAUGGUAACAUUUGCCGUCAUCUACAGCAUCUUAUUAAGCGCCCCACCUUGAUUUUACAUGGUGAAAAAGAUCCUCUUGUUCCUCGCUUCCAUGCAGAUUUUAUCCACAAACAUGUGAAAGGUUCUCGGUUGCAUCUAAUGCCUGAAGCCAAGCACAACCUACAUUUACGCUUUCCGGAUGAAUUCAACAAAUUAGCUGAAGACUUUCUACAGUGAACAAAUGGUUGGAGCAUGUCGAGCCACAUUUGGAAAUUUACUCCUGCACCAAUGUUCCAGUGCCCAUUUAAAACAAGGAAAUGAGAUCCUGCCUAAUCAUGAAUAAUAGUGGUGUUAGUGAAGCUCUUUCUAGGUUGUCUGUACCAAGCAAUGGGGAAGAUAAGUUCAGAGGCAACGUCUUUUAAAACGCCUGGGUUUUAAACGACAGAUUUAUACCACAGCUACAAAAGGUAAUUAUAGAUGGAGCCUGGAAUCAUUCUCAUUUCCUUUUGAGUUAAACUUAAACUUGUGAUUAUUUUAGCCUUUCAUGACUGCAUUACAUGGUCACUAAUAAAUACCUUGCAUCUUGUUC